UGCCUUUUUUCUACUACUAUAUUUCUCCCAUCAUCACUUUCAUUACUAUUCUCUUUUCCCCUGUUCGAAUCCCAAUUGCUGCCUUUUCUCUUUUAUUUCUUUAUCACUCAUCAAUACCUUCUACUCUUCCACUGUUCGAACCCUCUCUCAUGUCUUUUUUCUAUUACUAUAUUUCUCCCACUAUCUCACUACUCAUCAACUUCUUCUACUUCUUUUCAUUACUCCCUUCUCUUACUCUCCUCUAUUCCUCUUUUCUAUUCUCUUUAUCCUAAUAUCUUCUUUUCUCUAUCUCUCCAAAACUAA